AUGAUAAAAGAUAAAAUUAGAACAGGUGCAUAUUAUAGAGCUAUAAUGCAAAAUAAAGAAUUAUUUGAAAAUAAAAUUAUUUUAGAUAUAGGUUGUGGAACUGGUAUUUUAUCAUUGUUUGCCGCUAAAGCAGGUGCUAAAAUUGUUUAUGCUAUUGAUUGUUCUGAUAUCAUAGAUCAAGCUAUUAAUAUAGCAUCUUCUAAUGGUUACUCUGAAAAAAUAAAAUUUAUUAAAGGAAAAAUGGAAGAAAUAUAGUUACCUGUAGAUAAAGUAGAUAUAAUAAUCUCAGAAUGAAUGGGAUAUGGCCUAUUAGCUGAAAGAAUGUUAAGUACUAUUAUAUUAGCAAGAGAUAAAUAUUUAAUAGAAAAUGGAUUAAUAUUUCCUGAUAUAGCUAAUAUAUAUCUAUGUGCAAUUGAAGAUUAUUAGAAUUAUUAUAAUACAUUUUCUUGAACUGAAAAUGUUUAUGGGUUUGAUUAUACUAUAUUAAAUAAUGGUAUUUUAGCAAAUCCUAUUAUAGAUCAAGUUCAUCCUAAAAAUAUUGUCUCAAAUAAAGAAAAAUGAUUAGAAAUAAAUUUAUAUAAUAUAAAAAUAGAA